AAAACCCAAAACCCACACCAAAAGGGAGGAAGCAGGACACAUCCAGGAAAGAAUAUCUUUGGCAGGCUUUUUACCCACAGACCCUGCAUCCUUUCCAGAAGACAAACUGAAUGCAAACGGUUUUUAAAAGAGGUGACAUUUGUAAAAUUCUUGAAGGCUUUUUCAGCUGUUGUCCUCAACAAAAAGAGACCACAGAACCCCAAAUGCAUCUAAAUUCCUCACUCUUGUUUUUCUGACAUUAUUGCUGUACAACAUCUAAUUCACCCUCUCAAUGAACAGGGGACAAUGAUUGAAAAAGAGAUAAGUGUGUAUCAACAAACUCGGGCCCUUCUGUAUAGGAAUUUUCUUAAGAAAUGGAGGUUGAGAAAAGAGACCUUACUGGAAUGGACAAUACCGCUGCUCUUAAUGCUGAAUUUGAGUGUCUUUUCGGACUUUACAGCCUUCCGUUUUCCUGAGCAACCUCCUCAUGUCCUGGGACGUGUGGAUCAAUUCAACGAGUCUAAUAUACUGGUGACAUAUGCCCCUGUCACUAACACCACACGAAAGAUAAUGGAUAAAAUGGCUUUGGCACCUUUUAUGAAAGGAGCAGAAAUCAUUGGGACUCUUGAUGAAGAAACCAUGAAUGUAGUGCACCCCAAUAACAACUCUCUAGUGGUGGGAGUUGUGUUUAAUAAUGCCUUCUCAUAUACGCUGAAGUUUAAUUGGGGCUAUAGACUGCCAAUUAUAAAAGAACAUGCUGAACACUCAGCGCACUGUUGGCUUAUGGAUGAUGACUUCAGUUGUACCUUGACUAGAUACUGGCAAGAAGGGUUUGUGGCUUUCCAAACUGCAAUUAAUGCUGCAAUUAUAGAAGUCACAACAAAUCAUUCUGUAAUGGAAAAACUGACAUCAGUUGUUGGAAUAAACAUGAGGACGCCAUCUUUCAUUUCAUGGACAGGACUUCUAAAAGAAUUAUUUAUUUUUACUUGUUUACUUUGUUUCUCCUCUUUUGUACAUUUUGCAUCAUUAAAUGUUACAAGAGAAAGAAAAAAAUUUAAGAAAGCAAUGACCAUAAUGGGUCUCCAGGAGUCAGCAUUCUGGCUCUCCUGGGGAUUGAUGUAUUCUGGCUUCAUUUUUAUUACGUCCACUUCUAUGACUCUCGUCAUAACAUCUGUAGAAAUCUUUUUGAUUACUGGCUACAUGGUGGUAUUUACACUUUUUAUCCUAUAUGGCCUGUCUUUGAUAGCAUUGGUUUUCCUCCUGAGUGUAUUGGUGAAGAAACCUAUCCUUACUUGUUUGGUUGGAUUUCUCUUCACUGUAUUUUGGGGAUGUUUGGGUUUCAUUGUACUACACAGACAACUUCCUUCAUCCUUGGGAUGGAUCCUAAGUCUUUUUAGUCCUUUCGCUUUCUCUUCUGGAAUGGUUCAUCUUUCACGUCUGGAAUAUUACCUAAUUGGGGCUACUUUUCCUGACCAUUCUGGAGAGUCACAUAUCAUGAUAGCUACUUUCUUCAUUUUGGUGUUUGAUACUGUUCUCUACCUGAUACUAACAUUAUAUUUUGAGAGAGUUUUGCCUGAUGAAGAUGGCCGCUGUCAAUCACCAUUAUUUUUUCUAAAGUCAUCCUUUUGGUUCCAAAAUCAAAAUACUAAUCAUGAAGUCUUUGAGAAUGAAAUAGAUUCGAGUCUAUUCCCUGAAGACUUCUUUGAACCCGUGUCACCAGAGUUUCAUGGAAAAGAAGCCAUAAGAAUCAGAAAUGUUAAGAAAGAAUAUAACGGAAAGCCUGAAGAAGUAGAAGCAUUGAAAGGCAUUUUUCUUGACAUAUAUGAAGGGCAAAUCACUGCGAUACUUGGACAUCGCGGAGCUGGCAAAUCAACGCUGCUGAAUAUUCUGAGCGGGCUGUCUGUCCUUACAAAAGGGUCAGUUACUAUUUAUAAUACACAGCUCUCUGACAUACCUAACAUGGAAGAAAAAAGAAAGGACAUUGGAUUUUGUCCACAAUUCAAUAUUCAAUUUGACUUUCUUACUGUGAAAGAGAACCUCAGACUAUUCGCUAAAAUAAAAGGGAUUCACCCAAAGGAAGUAGAACAAGAGGUAAAAAGAAUUAUCAUGGAACUAGACAUACAAAGCAUUCAAGAUGUCACUGCUCAAAAGUUAAAUGAUGGACAAAAGAGGAAACUAACAUUUGGGAUUGCCAUUUUAGGAGAUCCUCAGGUUUUGCUAUUGGAUGAACCAACAGCUGGACUGGAUCCCUUUUCAAGGCACCAAGUUUGGAAUCUCCUCAAGGAGUGUAAAACCAAUCAUGUGAUCCUUUUGAGUACUCAGUUCAUGGAUGAAGCUGACAUCCUGGCUGAUAGGAAAGUGUUUCUUUCUAAUGGGAAGUUGAAAUGUGCAGGGUCCUCUCUGUUUCUGAAGAAAAAAUGGGGUGUUGGAUAUCAUUUAAGUUUACACAGGAAUGAAAUGUGUGAUUCAGAGAAAAUCACAGCUCUUAUUAGAAAGCAUAUUCCUGAUACAAAGCUAACAACAGAAAGUGAAGAACAACUUGUCUAUAGCUUGCCCUUGAACAAGACGAACAGAUUUCCAGGUCUUUUCAGUGACCUUGAUAAGUGUUCUCUCUAUGGUAUAAUGAAUUAUGGAGUUUCUAUGACAACCUUGAAUGAAGUAUUCUUGAACUUAGAAGGCAAAUCAGCAACUGAUGAUCCAGAUUUUAGCACUUGGAAAGAGGAUACAAGAGAGAAUGGACAUGAGUCUGAAACCCGACUGACUCUUAGUUCUCUUCCUGAAAUGAGCAAGUUCCCCAGUUCUGGAAGUCUUUGGAGACAACAAGUCCUUGCUGUGGCAAGACUUCGCUUCUUAAGGCUAAGACGUGAAAGGAAAGCUCUUUUUUCCUUGUUACUGGUACUUGGAAUUGCUUUUAUUCCCAUCAUAUGUGAAAAGGCAGUAUAUAUGAUAUUUCGUACCAAUCACCACUGGGAGCUGUCACCCAGUUUGUAUUUCCUUUCUCCAAACAAACUCCCACAAACUUCUCUUACCAGUCUGUUGAUCAUUAAUAACACAGGAUCAAAUAUUGAAGACCUUGUACAGUCAUUGAAGCAUCAGGAUAUCAUUUUGGAAAUAGAUGACUUCAGAAAUAGAAAUGGUUCAGAUGAUCCUUCCUACAAUGGAGCCAUCAUAGUGUCUGGCGACCAGAAGGAUUACAGAUUUUCAGUUGCAUGUAAUACCAAGAAAGUGAAUUGUUAUCCUGUACUUAUGGGAAUUGUUAGCAAUGCCCUUCUUGGAAUUUUUAAGUUUAUGGAGCUUAUUAAAACAGAGCGAAGCGCAUUUCCUUUGAAUGACAUGGAACUGGGCAUUGGUUUUUUUGAUGGAGCCACAAUUUUGUUGCUUGUUGUAAACUCUAUUUCCCCUUACAUUGGCAUGAGCAGCGUCAGCGAUUACAAAGAAAAAACUCAGUCUCAGUUACGGAUUUCAGGCCUCUUUCCUUCAGCAUACUGGUGUGGACAGGCUCUGGUGGAUAUUCCUUUAUACUACUUGAUUCUGAUUUCAGUGUAUUUAUUCAUCAAUUUCAUGUUUUCUGAAUUCAAAUUUCCAUUGAAAUUUGUAUUUGCUCUGGCUUUUUGCUUAGCUGGCUGUGCAGUGUCAAUUAUAUUCCUUACGUAUAUGAUUUCGUUUAUCUUUCGCAAGAGGAAAAAACGUAGUGGCUUUUGGGGUCUUGGCUUUUUUGUUAUUUCACUAUUUGUAAUGAUGAUUCUGGUGUCGACUUACUUUGGAAAAAAAAGCUUAGUUUUAUGCAUAAUUUUUGUGCCUAUAUUCACUCCAAUUGAGUCUCUCUUUAUUUUGCUAGAGCUAACCUAUUUGGAUAUGAACUCAGAAAAUCUGCAAAAUGAAAUCUAUGAAGAAAGUGAAACCAUCCUGUUAACAAUCCUAGUACCGUACCUACACUGUGCCAUUUUCAUUUUUGUUAUAAGAUAUCUGGAAAUGAAAUAUGGAAAAGAAACAACACGGAAAGAUCCAAUUUUCAGAAUCUCUCCAAAAAGUAGGAAAAAUCAUCCAAAUCCACAAGAACUAGAGGAAGAAGAUGAAGAUGUUCAAGCUGAAAGGAUGAAAACAGCAAAUGAAUUAAGUACUCCAAGUUUGAAUGAGAAACCAGUCAUAUUGGCAAGCUGUUUACACAAGGAAUAUAAAGAGAAGAAAAGUUGUUUUUCAGCAAGAAAGAAGAAAAUAGCCAUUAGAAAUGUUUCCUUCUGUGUCAACAAAGGGGAAGUUCUGGGAUUGCUGGGACAUAAUGGAGCUGGAAAAAGUACUGCUCUUAAAAUGAUCGCUGGAGCCAUACAGCCUACUGCAGGGAUGGUGAUUUCACAAGACUGCAGAGCAUCGCCCAGGCAUCAGGCAGACGACCACCUCAGGCUCAGGGGAUACUGUCCUCAGGAGAACGCGCUGUGGCCUGACUUUACGGUGAAAGAGCACUUGGAGUUACAUGCGGCAGUCAGAGGUCUGGGCAAAGAAGAUGCUGCUCUCAGCAUUUCACGAUUGGUGGACAUUCUCAAGCUCCAGGAACAACUUACAACUCCUAUGAAGACCUUACCCAAAGGAGUGAAGAGAAAGCUGUGCUUUGCACUGAGCAUUCUGGGAAACCCCUCAGUGGUGCUUCUAGAUGAACCGUCCAUGGGAAUGGACCCCAAAGAGCAGAAGCAGAUAUGGCAGACAAUUCGGACCACUGUUAAGAAUAAGGAGAGGGGAAUUCUCCUGGCCACCAAUAACAUGGCGGAGGCUGAAGCUGUGUGUGACCGUGUGGCCAUCCUGGUAUCUGGAAAGCUAAGGUGCAUCGGUUCCAUUCAACAAAUGAAAAGCAAAUUUGGUAAAGAUUAUUUACUAGAAGUUAAAAUGAAGGACCCCACUCAAGUGGAGCCUCUCAACACUGAGAUUUUGAAACUGUUUCCACAGGCAGCUUGGCAGAGAAGAUAUUUCUCCAUGAUGGUAUAUAAAGUACCUGUGGAAGGUGUUCACCCAUUAUCUCAAGCCUUUUUCAAAUUAGAGGCAGUGAAACAGACUUUUAACCUAGAAGAAUAUAUCCUAUCCCAAGCUACCUUGGAACAGGUAUUCUUAGAAUUCUCCAAAGAGCAGGAGCUGGGAAAUUUUGAUGAAGUUGAUACAACAGAUAGAUCGGAGCUCCUCCCAGAGGAAGAGCCUUGAAAUCUUGAGCCUCUAAUCAUCUAAUUACUACAGUUCUAAAUGGCUUCUUAAAUCUUUGAGUAGAGAGGCAAAGAUAAGGAAAAGUAGUAGAAAAAAAUAAUAUAAUCAGAUAUUACAUUACUAGUUAAUUACUCAUACAGGCUUAUUUUAUGUUUAAUAUUUAAAAUCAUGGGACUUUAGAUCUUUUAAUAUCAACAAGGCUGACUGAUAAGCAUAUUUUACAAAUAGAAUACUAAUGUUUAAUUUUUUACUAAAUUGUAAAUAUGAUAGCCAUUUUAAAGCAGAUUUACUUGUGUACCAGAUUAAUGUGAUGUUAUCUAUAAGAUAAAUAAAUUAAUGCACAGAAAUAACAUAGUAUAAACUUUAUUUUUAAUUUUUUUAACAUUUUUAACUUUAAUCUUUAAACCUUUUUAAUAGUAUAGCCUUUAAAUAUUAUGAUUAUUAAACUGAUAUGUAUUAAUUUUAGGAUAUGCAGAUAUUAUGUUGACAAAGAAAAUGUUAUUUUGUAAUAAACAUUACACUAAAAAAUUUAACUUGCCUAUAGUCAAAGUGAUUUAUAUGGGAGUCGGGCGGUAGAUCAGCAGGUUAAGCGCACAUGGCACAAAGUGAUUUAUAUGAGUAUCUUUUCAAAUUUGUCUAUGAGAAUAGUAACUUUUAUAUUUGAUCACUUCAUAAUUGAUAAAAUUUUCCAUGUCAUAUUAAUAUUGGGUUGUAUAAUGUCAAAUAUAUUACAUUCCUUUGAUGUACUAUCAUAGCUUUUUACUUAAUCUUUAUACUGUUAGCUGAUGUUUUGGUAACAUGCAGGUUCUUCUCAUAAAUAAAACUGUGACAAACUUGA